AUGUAUUCAGCAUCAUUUAGCGUAUUGGUAUUCUGCAGUCGAUUAAGACAGUAUCUACUCUUAGAGAUUGGUUGGCGAACAACAAACGCGUGGUUAGCAGGCAACGUGGCCUGUAAAAUUUUCCUUGUCCUGAGGGCCUUUGGCCUCUACUUGUCUUCCAAUGUAUUAGUCUGCAUAUCACUUGACAGAUUCUUCGCUAUACUCUACCCAUUAAGGCUGGCUAUUGCAAGAAAGAGAAGCAAAACGAUGUUGUACAUGGCAUGGAUUAUCGCUUUCCUGUGCAGCUUACCACAGAGCCUAGUGUUUCAAGUUAUGAAUCAUCCAAGUGUUCCGGAUUUCCAGCAAUGUGUGUCUUUCGAGGCAUUUGCUAAUCAACAUCAAGAACUGGCGUAUAACGUUUUUUGCUUAUGCGCAGUUUACUUUUUACCAUUGAUGAUUAUAACGGUGUGCUACGCCUGUAUUUUCUACGAAAUAUCUAAAAAUUCCAAAGAAAAUUCGGAAAAAUGUCAUCCAUCUGACCACAGUCGAGUGAUGCUAAGGAGAUCAGACCAGAGACCGCUGGCACGAGCAAGGAGGAGAACUCUGAGAAUGACAGUUACCAUAGUUACUGUAUUUGCUUGUUGCUGGCUCCCGUAUGCUACAAUGACUUUGUGGUACAUGUUAGACCGCAAAUCAGCAGUGCACGUGUCAGCCAGAGUCCAAGAUCUGUUCUUCAUAAUGGCCGUCUCCAAUUCCUGCAUGGAUCCUCUUGUCUAUGGAUCAUAUAUAAUUGACCCUAGAAUUAUGAAGAGGACACUUAGGAAAAUAUUCUGCUUACAUGUUAGUCCAUCAGAAAUACCGGGUAUCAAUGAGCCCGACGUCAAAACCAAAGUGAGCAUACGUCAUACAAGCAGAGAUACAUCACAAUUAGAAAAUAUUCGUCUAACAUGCAUGCGUCACCACAAAGUACGAUUUGAGGAUACACAACUUAAGAACACCGUCAACUCAGAACCUAUCACAUACUGGACUGAACAAUCAAGUGACGACAAAGUCGUACGGUCCACCCGCAGCUGUGAGGUGUUCGUACUGCAAACGCCAUAA